CUAGGCUUGGCACAGGAUGCGCACAUGCCUCCGUCCUUGCAGUGUCCUUCUCUCGGUAGUAUUUCAGCCGACCUUUAUGCAUUCCCCCUUUCUUCAUUCUCAUUCUCAUCCUCAUCUUCAUUCCCAUUUGUAUUCUCAUCUUCUCUUUGCAUCUUCAUACUACCGCGAUACCUCUUACUCGACUCUCGUAUAUCCAUCGAUCUAUCAGCCAGUCCUUAUCAUAGUCAUUAGAUAUCAUGGGUAUCGUGUCUUUGGUACGAUCCACAUGGGCAAUUGCCUAUGCUGCAUCUACCGUGUCAGUUCUAAUUUUGACAGGGGUCGCCAUCACCGGGCUACCCACGAAGAACCGCACCGCCAAUGUGGUUCUCUCCUUGCUCAACAAUCAUAUGUCUGAAUUGCCAUUAACGGUUGUGUUGAUGGAUGCGUUCUUCUAUUUCUGGCUGGGCAUUACUGGUCAAUCGGCGAUGGUGCGAUUUUUCAAUUAUGUCAACCUGAUCUCGGCGGUUGGGCUCCUGUACCUGUUCAAGCGUUCGUUCGACGCCAAAGGCGCCGUAGAAAAAUUCUUGGAUCAGCAUUCAAAAGAGAGCAAGAGUCGUAUUGAUCUCCCAGGACCUAGCUCGCCAAGGUUCUGGAAGCAGCUCCUGAACCCGCUUCAUUCACCUCAGAACUGCACCGUCUAUGAAAACAUUCCUUACUGGGUGCCCAAUGAGCAAGUCGCUAUUUUGCGAUCGGAUGGUUGGAAGGCUGUACUGGAGAUGGCAUUGGAUGUCUAUAAACCGAACAAAAUAUAUAUUCACGGCGGCGGAUGGACAAGCGGUAGCAAGUCGCUUACGGGACCCCUUCUUACAGAACUGAUUGCACGCGAGUGGAUUGUAGUUGCGAUCGAUUAUCGUCUCACUGCGAAAGCUGGAUACCCAACGCAGUUGAUUGACUGUAAGCGUGCGCUUCGCUGGGUCAAAGAUGAGAUCCGAAUCUUUGGUGGCGACCCGAAAAAUAUUAUUCUGGGCGGAGAUUCCUCGGGCGGACAUUUGGCGGCGCUCAUGGCAUUGACACCCAAUCUGCCUGAAUUUCAGCCUGGAUUUGAGAAUGUGGAUACGACUGUCCAGGGAUGUGUUCCUCAAAGUGCGGCUUUGGAUUUGACGGAUUUGAAGAACCAGAACUAUUCUGGUUCUAGAGGACGAUUCAUCAAACAGGUUGCGCAUCGUGAAGGAUCUGCAGAGUCACCAGAAAACAUGAAGUUCUUGACAGAGCACUCGCCUAUUUUCAGAGUGCAAGAUUCAAAGGUUCCAUUCCUGGUUGUGCAGUAAGUACUUGAUUGCACGACUCGGCUCGUUCUGGAUCUGAUAAUGACUAGAACGCGCUACUUUACUUUUAACGAUCAUACUAAUCAUCAAUGACUAUCUCUAGUGGGGAUCUUGAUAAUAUGUCGCCAGUACAAUCUGCACGCGACUUUGUCCACGAGUUUCAAAAAAAAUCGGACGUGUCGCUCAACUACCUCGAGGUACCGGGCGGUCAUCACUGCUUCCAAGUGUUCUCCUCGCCUAGGAGCUGGUACACUGUCAUUGCCAGUGCAGAGUGGUUGACGUUCAACUUCGAUCGAAAGACCAAGGAAUCGUCCGCCAGGAAGAAGGUUCAAAUUCAUGAACUUGUGGAAUGGGAU